AUGCAAAUACCCUCCCAAGAUUUUCUUACUCAAGUAAUCAGUACUCUAAAAGAUUAUAGUCCUUGUGAUGUCGCUGAUGCUCUCUUGAAGUUUGGGUUACCUGAUGGUGGGUUUUUCCCCAAUUUGAAUCAAGUAUCUUCGAACGACUCUUGCUCUGUUGGCGUUGCGUAUACCGUGACCUAUGCCCCUAUGGAUGAUCCUAGGCCGGAAUUGAAACAGGUAUCGUAUAUUGACCAGGCUCCUCCGGGGUCAAUGAUCGUGAUUGGACUCACGCGGUCCGCCCAAUUGCCCGGAGCUCCGUAUGUCAAGAUCACCAACGCUUUGUAUGGUGGGUUAAUGUCUACUAGAGCAAAAUACUUGGAGGCCCAAGGAACUGUGGUUUUCGGAAGGGUUCGAGACGUUUCGGAACAUAGAGCUUUAAAUUAUAAUGUAUGGAGCUACGGAACUGGAAUUUGUGCUCCAAAAGGAGCGGUUAAACUAGUGGCAGUUAAUGAGCCUGUGGAAGUGUUGGUUGAAGACUAUUAUAAUAAAAAUGAAGAGGGAAGUAGUAGAAAAGCCUAUAAGACCAUAUAUCCCGGAGACAUUAUAAUUGGUGAUGAAAACGGGAUUGCCAGAGUGCCUGUUGGCCGUGACGUUUAUGAUGAUGAAUGGUUGAGCAAGAUCAUUAACUAUAUUCCGAAGAGAGUCGAAGCUGAUGAACUUGUUGCAAAAGACAUCAUGGAUGGUAAAAAGGCCAAAGAGUCCCAAAAGAUUCGCAGGGCCAAUCUUUAG